AUGGAUUUGAGCCGUGCCCUUGUUGGAAAGAAGGGGAAUAGGUGUCUUCGGCCGAGGUGCCGUGACUGUGGGGAAAGGGCCGCCUCGCUCGUCCCUCGCUUCAUAGGAAUAGUACGAAUCCUGGUCAUCGCUAAAGCUGUUUUGCCAACCAAUCCUUCCUUUCGAUCAAGCAAUCCUUCCGAUAAAUCCGAUUUAGCGCUGGAGGGCCGUACCUCUAUUUACGAUAAUUGCUUUAGGAGCAGGUGCCUUUUAGGAUUAGGAUUCGGAAGUACCGUUGUUUCCAUAGAGGAUUUCGCAGUGCCUGAUACUAAGGUCAUAUACGCAGCAGUUGGAUCCGAGGAGCAGUUUAUCGAAGAAAGGGAUCAGCCUGCUAAACAACAGCAUCUCAUUUCCCAUGAUGAACACAUUGAAUCUGUUCAAAUUAGAUAUUAUAAUGCUCUAGUUAUUGGGAAAGAAGUAGGAUUCACCGCUUAUAAGGAAGUUGGCCGUAGACAUGCCAUGUUCAGUCUAAUUGCCCUCUAUAAGCCAAGCAAGGAACUUAUUGCCUGGAACAGAUUGACCUAA